GGUAGAAUAGAGUGUGCCCCACGGAAAGGGCAAACGGUGGAACAGUAAGUGUUUGCAGACAAAUCAGAAAUCCCGCCUCCGAUUGACGAUGGCUUCUGAUGAGGAAAUUGAUGAAUCCAUUGCCGAGGAAGAGGGCGGUCUGAUGGACGAAGCAGCAGACGCCUCGCUCGCCGCAGAUGCGGAUGACGCUUCGGACGAGGAGGCCAACACGAAGGGUACCGCGCACCAGGACGAGGAUGACGAUUACGAGCCGGAAGACAAUCGCAAAAAGAAGAAGGGCAAAAAGCGCAAAGCCCGCAGCAGCGACGAGAAGCGCGGCCGGAAGAAGAAAAAGCGCAAGAAGAACGACAGCGGGGACGAGAGUGACCAGAAGCAGAGUGACGAUGGUGGUAGUAGUAGUGCGGCGGCAGCAGCAGCGGCAGCCGCAGCAGCAGCAGCACAAGCCGAAUCGGACUACGAAUCGCGCCCGAAGCGGGGUCGCGAUCGUAAGAAGGGAGGCAGCAGUAGCCGAGGUGGUGGAGCUAGCAGUGAGGUAGAGAAAAAGUCUGCGGCGGCUGCGGUGGCAGCAUCGGUGGAGGAAAAGGAAAAGAUGCCCACGAUCCAAGAGGUGUGCAGUUCGUUCGAUCUGACGGACGUGAAGAUCGAGUACACGGAGGAUGAUUUCGAGAAUCUGGUUACGUUCAAACUGUUCCAAACGCACGUGCGGCCGAUUCUGACGAAGGAAAAUCCGCGCGUCCCGAUGGCGAAGCUGAUGAUGCUGGUUGCGGCCAAGUGGCGCGAGUUUUGCUCGUUGAAUCCGAACAUUUCGUGCGAGGACGCGACGACACAGGAAACGGGGAGGGAGGACGAAGCGCCGCCCACCCCGGAGUAUGUGCCGAAGUCGAGCCGAUCGCGCAGCAAGACGGAGAACAAGCACGAGGACAUGGUGUAUGAUGAUGAGGACGAGGAUGAAGAGGAAGAGGUAGAGCGGGAGCGCACGCGGAAAAGCAAAAAGGGUAAGAGUGGUGGUGGUGGCGGUGGUGGAGGAGGAAGCAGCAGCAACAAGAAGGGUGGCGGUGGAAACAGCCGCAAGCAAAAGGUGCCGACGCUGAAGAUUAAGUUCGGCAAACGUAAGAAUGCCAGCUCGGACGAAGAGCCGGAUGCGAGCGGUGGAUCGGAGCGGGAAUCGGACGCAGAGUUUGAAAAGAUGCUGCAACAGUCCGAGUCGGAAAAGUCAGAAAAACCGGAACGAGAAUCAUCCACGGGGGGUGGAGGAGAUGGAGGUGGAGCGGGCGGUGCGGAUGAUGCAUCCGAUCAGCCCCCGGUACGAAAGAAGGCCAAGACAAAGAUUGGGAAUAAAUCAAAGAAGAAGAACAAGUCGAAGAAGAGCAAAUUUCCGGACGGUGGGGAGGAGGGUGAGCACGAGCAUCAGGAUUACUGUGAGGUGUGCCAGCAGGGUGGUGAGAUCAUCCUGUGCGAUACCUGCCCGAAAGCGUACCAUCUCGUAUGUCUCGAUCCGGAGUUGGAAGAUACGCCCGAGGGUAAGUGGUCGUGUCCGACGUGUGAAGCGGAAGGACCGGCAGACGAGGAUGAUGACGAGCAUCAGGAGUUUUGCCGGGUGUGCAAGGAUGGUGGCGAAUUGCUGUGCUGUGACAAUUGUCCCUCCGCUUACCAUACGUUCUGCUUGAAUCCACCGCUGGACGACAUCCCCGAUGGUGAGUGGCGAUGCCCGCGCUGUAGCUGUCCACCGUUGCCGGAAAAGGUACAGAAGAUUCUUACCUGGCGCUGGACCGAUAAACCGAUCAAUCCGGAUGAACCGUCCACAUCGAAGGGUGGUGCCCCAGGUGGAUCGACCCGUCGCCGAGAGUAUUUCGUUAAGUGGGUCGAAAAAUCGUACUGGCACUGUGACUGGAUUACGGAACUACAGCUGGACGUGCAUCAUCCGCUCAUGUUUCGGUACUAUACGCGCAAGAACGAUAUGGAAGAACCGCCCAAGCUGGAGGAAGCUCUCGACGAGGAAGAUAACCGUUACAAGCGCAUCCAGCGCAUGCGCGAAACGAACAGCAAUUUGAAUGAAACCGAGCUAGAGGAGAAGUACUACCGGUACGGCGUAAAACCGGAAUGGCUCAUGGUGCAUCGCGUUAUCAACCAUCGUACGAUGCGGGACGGUCGGACACUUUAUUUGGUAAAAUGGCGCGAACUACCGUACGAUCAAGCGACUUGGGAAGAUGAGGAGGAUGAUAUUGCGGGGCUUAAGAUGGCCAUCGAGUAUUAUCUCGAUCUUCGCGCCAACUGUUCCCAGGACAUUGGAGGUUCGGGUAGCGGUGGUAGUGGAAAUAGCAAGAAAAACAAAAAGAAAGGUCGUCGUCGUUUGCGUGAGUUGGAGGAGGAAGAGAGAACAGCUGGCGUGAAGCGGUACACACCACCGCCAGAGAAGCCUACGACUGAUCUGAAGCGAAAGUUCGAAGUACAGCCACCGUACCUAGACGAAACGGGUAUGCGACUUCAUCCGUAUCAACUCGAGGGUAUUAACUGGUUGCGCUACUCAUGGGCCAACGGGACGGAUACAAUUCUGGCCGAUGAGAUGGGAUUGGGCAAAACAAUUCAGACCGCAACUUUCCUUUACUCGCUGUACAAGGAAGGCCAUUGCCGUGGACCGUUCCUGGUGGCGGUACCACUCUCGACCAUCAUUAACUGGGAGCGUGAGUUUGAAACAUGGGCACCGGAUUUCUAUUGCAUUACGUACGUUGGAGACAAAGAGUCGAGAGCGGUUAUACGCGAAAAUGAACUCUCAUUUGAGGAGGGUGCUGUGCGGGGUGGAAAAGCAUCCCGUAUUAGGGCCAGCUCGAUCAAGUUUAACGUUCUGCUGACGAGCUACGAACUCAUCUCGAUUGAUGCCGCCUGUCUUGGUUCGAUUGAUUGGUCGGUGCUGGUGGUGGAUGAGGCCCAUCGGCUCAAGUCCAAUCAGAGCAAGUUCUUCAAGGUGCUGAACGCGUACAAUAUCGCUUACAAGCUGUUGCUGACCGGUACACCGCUUCAAAACAAUCUUGAGGAACUGUUCCAUCUGCUCAACUUCCUCAACAAGAACAAGUUUAAUGAGUUGGCCGAGUUCCAGAACGAAUUUGCCGACAUUUCCAAGGAGGAACAGGUAAAGCGACUGCACGAAAUGUUGGGCCCUCACAUGCUGCGUCGCUUGAAGGCGGACGUGCUGAAGAACAUGCCCACCAAAUCGGAAUUUAUCGUGCGUGUGGAGUUGUCGCCACUGCAGAAGAAGUACUACAAGUAUAUACUGACCCGGAACUACGAAGCGCUCAACCCGAAAGGUGGUGGCGGUGCUUGCUCGCUCAUCAACAUCAUGAUGGACCUGAAGAAGUGCUGCAACCAUCCGUAUCUGUUUGCGGCAGCAGCAGAAGAAGCUCAGCUAGGGCCGGGCGGUAACUACGAACUCCAGUCACUAACGAAAGCGGCCGGAAAGUUAGUGCUGUUGGAGAAAAUGUUGAAGCUGCUGAAAGCACAGGGUCACCGUGUACUGAUCUUUUCGCAGAUGACGAAGAUGUUGGACAUUUUGGAGGAUUUUUUGGAGGGAUUGGGCUACAAGUACGAGCGUAUUGAUGGUGGCAUUACAGGCAGCAUUCGUCAGGAGGCGAUCGAUCGGUUCAAUGCACCGGGUGCACCACAGUUCUGUUUCCUGUUGUCGACACGUGCCGGUGGUCUCGGUAUCAAUCUGGCUACCGCAGAUACUGUCAUCAUUUACGAUUCCGAUUGGAAUCCUCACAAUGACAUUCAGGCGUUUUCGCGUGCACAUCGUAUCGGACAGGCGAACAAGGUGAUGAUUUAUCGGUUUGUGACGCGUAACUCGGUUGAGGAGCGUGUAACACAAGUCGCUAAGCGUAAGAUGAUGCUAACGCAUCUCGUUGUACGGCCCGGUAUGGGUGGUAAGGGUACGAAUUUCACCAAGCAAGAGUUGGACGAUAUCUUGCGGUUCGGUACGGAGGAGCUGUUCAAGGAGGAUGGAAAGGAUGAGGAAGCGAUCCAUUAUGAUGAUAAAGCGGUGGCAGAAUUGUUGGACCGUUCGAACAAGGGCGUUGAGGAGAAGGAGAACUGGGCGAACGAGUAUCUGUCGUCGUUUAAGGUCGCUUCCUACUCAACGAAGGAGGACGUUGAGGAGGAAACAGAGACGGAAGUAAUUAAGCAGGAAGCGGAAAAUUCCGAUCCGGCUUACUGGGUGAAGCUGCUCCGGCAUCAUUACGAGCAGCAUCAGGAAGAUCUGUCCCGAACUCUUGGUAAAGGAAAGAGAGUUCGUAAGCAGGUCAACUACACCGAUGGAGGCGUCAUUCAGGCGGAUCCUGUAAAGGAAGACUCGACCUGGCAGGAGAACGUUUCCGACUAUAACAAUUCUGACUAUUCCGGUGCUUCGGAUGAGGAUCGCGAUGAGGACGAUGAAGAAAGUGAACUCGGUAGACGCAGCAGGCGACGCAUUGAACGUAAAGAAGCGGAACGUGAUAAUCGUCCACUGCCUCCUUUGCUGGCCCGCGUUGGAGGAAAUAUUGAAGUACUCGGCUUUAAUGCUCGUCAGCGCAAGAGCUUCCUGAACGCGAUCAUGCGAUACGGUAUGCCACCCCAAGAUGCGUUCCAUUCGCAGUGGUUGGUUCGUGACUUGCGUGGUAAAUCGGAACGAAUCUUCAAGGCGUACGUCUCGCUGUUUAUGCGCCAUCUUUGUGAGCCCGGUGCGGACAAUGCGGAAACGUUUGCUGAUGGUGUACCGAGGGAAGGACUCAGCCGACAACAUGUGUUGACGCGAAUCGGUGUAAUGUCUUUAAUUCGCAAGAAGGUGCAGGAGUUUGAGCACAUUAACGGGUACUACAGUAUGCCGGAACUGAUCAAACGCCCUUGCGAGCCGGUAAAGAUCGCAGUUCCUGCAGUUGCUGCUGCAGGUACGAGCGGAGAAGGUACCUCGGGAACUGCCGGUGGGGAAACGUCCAAAUCGGCUACUACCAGUACGAGCGCUACACCGGCCACAAGUGCCGCACCAAGUCCAGCUCCGAAUGCAUCAGCUUCCGGUGAGAAAGAGGACGAAACACCUGUGGGAGCUGCAGGGGAAAAAGAGAAAGCGGACGGUGCUGAAAAGGAGAAAUCGGCUGCCAGUGGAACGUCCGCAGCAGAGGGCGAUAAAGUGUCCGAAGGUGUGAAGAAGGAAGCGACGGAAGAUGGUGACGAAUCAGCAGGAACAAGUGGCGAGAAAAAGAAGGAUGAUAGUGGAGCCACGGUUGCUGCGGUCUCAGCGAAGGUAGAACCAAUGGAAACAGAUGCAGAGAAGAAGGAGGAAAAAUCUUCCACCGAGGAAACGGUUGACACGAAGAACAUAAAAAUGGAAGACGAGUCUGGCGCUGCGGCAACAGCGAAAAAGGAGGCUGAUGAUAAGGAAAAGGGAGACGAAAAGAAACCAGCUGUUGAGGGAGCUGUCACCAAGGAAGCUGAGGAUACAAAGAAGGAUACCGUAACCGGUCAGACGAAGCAGGAGGUAGAGGAAGAGGACGAUGAUGAUGAGGUAAAGUUUGUGGAGGAUGGCAGUACAAUUCCACCGGUGAAGAAGCAGGAACCGGAGGUUAAGCCGACGCCUGCUCCUGCCCCAAUCACGACCACAAUUGACGAUGACGAUGAUGAUGUGGUGUUCGUGAAGGAUGACGAUGACGAUGUGAAGAAACCGGAACCGGUGCAGGAGAAUCUGGAGGUGCAUAAGCGUGCCUUCAUGUUCAACAUCGCUGACGGUGGCUUUACCGAGCUGCACACGCUCUGGAUCAAUGAGGAAAAGGCGGCUGUCCCCGGGCGGGAGUACGAGAUUUGGCACCGUCGCCAUGACUACUGGCUGUUGGCAGGCAUUGUGACGCACGGUUACGGACGUUGGCAGGACAUUCAGAACGAUAUACGGUUCGCGAUCAUUAACGAACCGUUCAAGAUGGAUGUCGGUAAGGGCAAUUUCCUCGAGAUUAAAAACAAAUUCUUGGCCCGUCGCUUCAAACUGCUCGAACAGUCGCUGGUGAUUGAGGAGCAGUUGCGCCGCGCGGCACUGCUCAAUCUUGCCCAGGAUCCGAGCCAUCCGGCAAUGGCGCUGAAUGCACGGUUUGCCGAAGUCGAGUGUUUGGCGGAAUCGCAUCAGCAUCUGAGCAAGGAGUCGCUGGCAGGCAACAAGCCAGCCAAUGCCGUACUGCACAAGGUGCUGAACCAGCUGGAGGAGUUGCUGUCGGACAUGAAGUCGGACGUUUCGCGGUUGCCGGCGACGCUUGCACGCAUUCCGCCCGUUGCCCAGCGGUUGCAGAUGUCGGAACGGUCGAUCCUGUCGAGGUUAGCGGCUACGGGCAACACCGUGCAGCAGAAUCCACCGAUGUCUCAGUUCCCGCCAGGCUAUCAGGGAACGACACUACCCGGCUUUGCAGCGGCCGCAGCAGCCAAUUUUGCCACCUUCCGGCCAACCUUCUCCGUGCCCGGCCAACCGACCAACUUCCCCGGUGGAUCGGGAGCUGCCGGUUCAAGCUCUUCCGGGAAGUAAAUGUGCU